CCGAACUUUAAUCCGAACAUCUUCUCCGAAGACGAAGAGGAUCAACUGCAGCAACAGCAACAACAGCAGCAACAGCAGCAACAGCAACAGCAGCAACAACAGCAACGAGAGCAACAGCAGCAGCAACAACAACAUCUGCAACACUACACAUCCCAUCAAUCCGGCCACUCAUCGUCCGGAUCGCUCAUCCGUGAAGGUCCUGCAACGAGUGCCCUGGGGAGAAAGCUAUUGACCGAGAGUGCACCACCGAUCGCUCCGAUGUCACCCCGCCCGAACCGCUUCCCAUCGAGACCCCGUCGACAACCGUCCGCACUGGCCGGUUGCUCUUCGGCGGCAGGACGUGCGACAGGGCUCGCCGGAGCGCUAGGACCACUGGCCAGGGCGGAAUCGUACGAAGACGAUACGGAUACGGGAUCGCAGGACGGUUCGAUCGUGGUCGUCAGUGAGCUUCCUUCUAGUAGCACGAUCGUGCACAGUAGUGCCCGGACACCUCCACGCCAGAGCAUCGGUUACAGUCUCGUCAGCCGCCCUUCGUCGGCCUCCAGCAAUCAAUCCCGUGUCGCCAUUAGCCCACUGUACUGCGAGGGCUCCGUACCAACGCUCCAAUCACCGAAGAAUGCCGUCGCACCGAGCGACAUCAUCUUUGACCGUCCACCGGCCGGACAGACGACACUGAUGAGCUACUCGUCCAGCAACGCGGACUAUAUGGGGAGCUUGGUGCAGGUGAAAAACAGUCUCGUCGCCUCGUCCUCCGUCUCGUCCGACCACAAUGCACAUCAUCAGCAUCACCAUCACCACCAUCACCAUCAUCACCAUCAUCAUCAUCACCAUCAACAACAAUACAAUCAUCAUCACCACAAUUUUCAGACACGAUCGGCCGGUGGUGGUCUAAUGAGCGCCACACCGAUGCCAACGAUGAAUUUGAAUCUCUCCUUCGACCGUCCGGAACCGCCACGACCGGCGACGAGUGUGUGCGGUGGUGGUGCUAGUGCUCAGCCUCAAUCCAACAGUGCCAGAGGUAGUGGUGGUGGUGGUGGUGAUAGUACACCCAAGAAGCAAAACCUCAAAUUUAUCGACGAAGCACUAACGCCAGGCACCUCACUUUCGACAGAAGUUGCUGCUACUCUGGCGGCGGCUUCUGAUGCCCCGGAAACUCCUUCCUUCGUCUGUGGUGCGUCCGAAUUGCCGGACACAAACGGAUGCGAAACACCGGGCAUCUCGAAUAAUGGUGGCGGUGGCAUGCAUCGUACACCGACCGUUGCAUCGAUGAUGCCGUACGUUGGUGGAACUGGAAUCGGUGGCGGGAGUGCGCGCAUUCCCGACUCGAUCACACGCAGCUGUAGCGUCGGAUACCUCGACAAUAUGGCGAUCGUCCCAGGCGAGGAAGCACUCUCGAUGAUGCGCCGCGAUGCACCGUACAAGCGGUUGGUGCUGGUCGAUAAGAAGCGGCAGAAGAAGUCCAAACGUAAUCUCGACUGUGGUGAACUGCGACGGAUGGAUACGCGGUUGCGUAGUGAUCCGAAAUCGAAGAGUCUCGACUCGUGCGAUGUGCUGCAGGAUGUGCCCAACCUGAACCGUGAUCUGAUCAACCUCUUUCGCCAAAUGCCCAAGGUACACGAGCUGUCGGAGAAUGAGACCGAGUACUCGUCCUCGGAUCAGCUGCAACCGGCCGGUGAACGGCCAACCGAUUCAAAGGCAACCGCAUGCAGUAACGGUCCGGUGCAACCGGGUACGCCCGUACGGAAGGGUGCACCGAUGAAGUUCGGGGCGGGUGUAUCGGGUCACGGUGGUUCCAAAACACCGAUCCUUAACCGGAAGGAACAACCUAAAAGUUGCUCGGUCUGCCAUCAGAUUUCACCGACGGUCAACUCCACCGAAACGGUUUGCACCAAGUGCCGGAAAGGAGUGUCCACUAUGGAUCGCAGUUCGACGGAAGGCACGGACAGUGUGCUGACGAAUGGAGUAGUAGAGCCAGGGACUGGAACCACUGCCACGGUUAAUGCCGCGAAACCACCGCAAGCUCCACCAUCCAAGACGAAACGAACCACCUUGGGCCAGUACCUUCGGUCGGCCUGCAGUAGCAACCACCACGGUGAUCAUUCGACCAAGGACACAUCGAAUGGCACUAGUAGCAGUGGUCGGUGUAGCUUUUUCGAGCGAAAAUCAACGACGAACGCAGCGAGUGGCAGCGAGAGUAGUAGCAGUGCUAGUGCGUCUUCCGUCGAUCCUCCGGCAGCAGCACCAACGAUCACCGCUCCUUCGCACAGCACACCGUCCCGAUCGGUGGCACGGAUCGUGACCAGCUUCACCGAUAGUCCACUGUUCUCACGCCGUAACCGGCAGGCCAAGGCGGAUGCUGCGGCGGCUGCGGCAGCAGCAGCAGCAGCAUCAACAGAGCAAAGCAGCAAACCGCCUAGUGAAACCAACACUCCGAUUCUACUCCGCUGGAAUGGACGCCAGAAUCGUAAAUCCGAUUCGCUCGAUUCACCGAAGAAGCACC